AUGUUGCUAGUAGCUGACCGGCUGGAGGGGCCCUUCAACAUCGUGGAACCCAUAGAUGUGAAGAUCUCUGAAGCCAUCAUGACCAUGCAAGACAACAGCAUGACAGUGUUCCAGGGGUGUGGUCAGCCCAAGCCGUCUGGGAUGGGCAGCAGCAGAUCAGCCAGGGGGAUCUCUGAUGUCUUCAACGCCCGAUUCAGACCCUACAGCCCAGAGGAGAGACCCACCACGGCCGCUGGCACCAGCCUGGACAGACUGAGGACAGUGUGGAGGACAAUGCAACACAGCGUGCUAGACAUUAAGAAGAAGCUGAACCAGUCCAAAAGGUUCUGGUCCAACCUGCCAGAUGAGAUCUGUAUUAAAGACAAGUUGACCGAGUCAGAUGAAGAGCAGUGUUGGAACAGUCACGCCAAGGCCAGGUAUUUUCCUGAGGUGGUGAAGGACGGCCUCACCAACCAGCUGAACAACCCAGAGGUGGCGGUGGACAUCACUAGACCGGACACUCUGAUUCGCCAACAGAUCAUGACACUCAGAGUGAUGACCAACAAGCUGAGAAACGCCUACAACGGCAACGACAUCUUCUUUCAGGACUCCAGUGACGAGGGCAGUGGCAGCAGCAGUGGCUGUACAGAGGGAUGUACCACAGAGUUUGUGUUUGUGGGUCCAGAGGCCCCUGUGGUGGGAGCAGACAGGAGUGAUGAGCGAGCUGCAUCAGGCAGCGCCCCACAUCCCUCCAGACCCUCUCCCCUGCUACUGACCCUCUCUCUCACAGCCCUGUCCUGGUCCAAGAGAUAAUACCAGCUGGCCCGAGAGGACACCAGGACAUUACCCCUGCUCCUGACCCUCUCUCUCACAGCCCUGUCCUGGUCCAGAAGAUAAUACCAGCUGGCCCGAGAGGACACCAGGACAUUACCCCUGCUCCUGACCCUCUCUCUCACAGCCCUGUCCUGGUCCAGGAGAUAAUACCAGCUGGCCCGAGAGGACACCAGGACAUUACCGCUACUCUGACUCUGGCACCAAUCAGACAGCCAGCCAGCCGGUCGUCAUACUAACUGUUAGUGUUCUGUAAACGGAACCAGAACAGGACAGCCCUUUUGGAUCCCCACCAUGAAGAGAUAUGGUGACAGUAAUAGACUGUAGUAGACUGAGGAGUGUUGUGAAUGCUGCAUCCUGCUUUGUCCCCAAAGAUCUCUCUGUUCUAAGAUGUUCUGCUCUAAUCUGUUCUGCUCUAUUCUAAUCUGUUCUGCUCUAUUCUAAUCUGUUCUGCUCUAAUCUGUUCUGCUCUAAUCUGUUCUGUUCUAAUCUGUUCUAAUCUGUUCUAAUCUGUUCUGCUCUAAUCUGUUCUGUUCUAAUCUGCUCUGUUCUAAUCUGUUCUGCUCUAAUCUGUUCUGCUCUAUUCUAAUCUGUUCUGCUCUAAUCUGUUCUGCUCUAAUCUGCUCUGUUCUAAUCUGUUCUGCUCUAAUCUGUUCUGUUCUAUUCUGUUCUGCUCUAUUCUAAUCUGUUCUGCUCUAUUCUAAUCUGUUCUGUUCUAAUCUGUUCUGCUCUAUUCUAAUCUGUUCUGCUCUAUUCUAAUCUGUUAUAAUCUGCUCUGUUCUAAUCUGCUCUGUUCUAAUCAGUUCUAAUCUGAUCUGUUCUAAUCUGUUCUGCUCUAAUAUGUUCUGCUCUAAUCUGUUCUGCUCUAUUCUAAUCUGUUCUAAUCUAUUCUAAUCUGUUCUGCUCUAUUCUGUUCUGCUCUAAAAUGUUCUGCUUUAAUCUGUUCUGCUCUAUUCUAAUCUGUUAUAAUCUGCUCUGUUCUAAUCUGCUCUGUUCUAAUCAGUUCUAAUCUGAUCUAUUCUAAUCUGUUCUGCUCUAAUCUGUUCUGCUCUAAUAUGUUCUGCUCUAAUCUGUUCUGCUCUAUUCUAAUCUGUUCUGCUCUAUUCUAAUCUGUUCUAAUCUAUUCUAAUCUGUUCUGCUCUAUUCUAAUCUGUUCUGCUCUAAUCUGUUCUGCUCUAUUCUAAUCUGUUCUGCUCUAUUCUAAUCUGUUCUGCUCUAUUCUAAUCUGUUCUGCUCUAUUCUAAUCUGUUAUAAUCUGCUCUGUUCUAAUCAGUUCUAAUCUGAUCUAUUCUAAUCUGUUCUAAUCUAUUCUAAUCUGUUCUGAUCUAUUCUAAUCUGUUCUGCUCUAUUUUAAUCUGUUCUGCUCUAUUCUAAUCUGUUAUAAUCUGCUCUGUUCUAAUCAGUUCUAAUCUGAUCUAUUCUAAUCUGUUCUAAUCUAUUCUAAUCUGUUCUAAUCUAUUCUAAUCUGUUCUGCUCUAUUUUAAUCUGUUCUGCUCUGCUCUAAUCUGUUCUGCUCUAUUCUAAUCUGUUCUGCUCUAUUCUAAUCUGUUCUAAUCUGUUCUGCUCUAUUCUAAUCUGUUCUAAUCUGUUCUGCUCUAAUCUGUUCUGCUCUAUUCUAAUCUGUUCUAAUCUGUUCUGCUCUAAUCUGUUCUGCUCUAUUCUAAUCUGUUCUGCUCUAAUCUGUUCUCCUUUAUUCUAAUCUGUCCUGCUCUAUUCUAAUCUGUUCUGCUCUAAUCUGUUCUGUUAUAAUCUGUUCUGCUCUAUUCUAAUCUCUUCUGCUCUAUUCUAAUCUGUUCUGCUCUAAUCUGUUCUGUUCUAUUCUGUUCUGCUCUAUUCUAAUCUGUUCUGCUCUAUUCUAAUCUGUUCUGUUCUAAUCUGUUCUGCUCUAUUCUAAUCUGUUCUGCUCUAUUCUAAUCUGUUAUAAUCUGCUCUGUUCUAAUCUGCUCUGUUCUAAUCAGUUCUAAUCUGAUCUGUUCUAAUCUGUUCUGCUCUAAUAUGUUCUGCUCUAAUCUGUUCUGCUCUAUUCUAAUCUGUUCUGCUCUAUUCUAAUCUGUUCUAAUCUAUUCUAAUCUGUUCUGCUCUAUUCUAAUCUGUUCUGCUCUAAUCUGUUCUGCUCUAAAAUGUUCUGCUUUAAUCUGUUCUGCUCUAUUCUAAUCUGUUAUAAUCUGCUCUGUUCUAAUCUGCUCUGUUCUAAUCAGUUCUAAUCUGAUCUAUUCUAAUCUGUUCUGCUCUAAUAUGUUCUGCUCUAAUCUGUUCUGCUCUAUUCUAAUCUGUUCUGCUCUAUUCUAAUCUGUUCUAAUCUAUUCUAAUCUGUUCUGCUCUAUUCUAAUCUGUUCUGCUCUAAUCUGU